AAUAUUGUUAUUUGCCAAAAUAUAGAGAAAACAUUACUGAAGUUCUCGAGAAAAUUGUAAUUUGAACUAAGCAAAUAGAGAUAAAUGCCUAAUCUACGAACACUAUAUUAUAAUAUAAUCACUCGCGAGACUGCUAUGGGAUAAUUGGUAAAUCAACAAGACUGCAGAGAUGAUAUUGCAUAGAGCAGAAGGAGGGAGUGCACCAUGAAUAGUUAGAAGCAGUUCAGAGACGGCGGCACCAGAGUAGCAAACUAAAUGUGCCUUGUCGGGUAGUCGUCGGUACAUAAUAAAACAUUCAAUACCGACAAUUAGUAUCUUUUUUUUAAAGUGGGUACUAGUUUCGUUGCUGUAAAUUGACUUUUGCAACACCAUACGAAAAAUUCGUCUAAGCGCCAUAUGUGCAAGUGUGAAUGCAGCUGACCUUGCGUAAGAGGGAUCUUGUGCAAGUUUAUUUGAACGAUCCUACAACGAUUGCGGACCGGCUUCUUCUAAACAGUCAAUUAAAUGCAGAUGUUCAUGUGGAUGAUGAAGGGGUUUCGUAUAGUUAAUGGGUGCUUAGUGAAGAUUGGUCGGCACGGCCUUAUAUUAAUGGAACGAUGUGCUCGAGUUUAUAUGCUGUCGGUGAUGCUCGAAAUCAAAAAUGUCUUUGGUUUGAAAAUGCUAGGUCAGUUCCGUUUUAUGCAGACCAAAUGCUUUCGUUCUGCAUGCAAGUCGGCAAGUCACAAGCGACAUCAGAGUGAAUGAGGUCUGGCGCUACAACUUGAAUUAAAAAGUUAUUUCAGACGCAGAACCAUACUGGACCCUUCUUUUUAAAGAUAAUA